UAAAUUAAAAUAAAUUUAUAUUUAUUAUGAUAAAAUAAAAUUUUAAAUGAUUACUCAAUUUUCAAAUAUUAUAGUAAAUGUAAUAAAUAAAAUCUGUUAUUAAAAAAUUAUUUUACCAUGUUGUAAUACUCCAACUAUUUCAAUUUUACAUCCUUUAACUAAAUCUAAAUCUAAAUAUUUUUUUUCAUUAAAAUUCAUAAUAUGUAUUUCUAAUUUAACAUUGUCAUCAGUUAGGGAAUCACAUCCAAUCAUUUUAUUCAAUCUAUUAUUAUGGAUGGCUGCAAAAUUGGUUUUUAUAUACUCUUCAAUCGCUAAAAAAUAUAUGUUAAUUAGUAGGAUAAAGAUUAUAUAUAUAAUAUGUACAAAAAGAAUAGUGUUGUAAAAUUGAUCUAAGAUAUCAAAUUAAAAAUUCUUUAUUUAUAACUACAUAUAUAAUAAUUAUAUAAUUAUAUAAUUAUAUUAUGAAAAAAAUAUGAAAAAUGAAAACAUGAAAUAAUAUUUUACAAUUUUUUCCUUUCUAUAACAAAUAUAAUUAAUAAUAAAUUAAUAAAAUUUUACAAAAGACUUACUGACAUAAGUUGAAGUAUUUAAUAAUUCUGAAAAUUUAACUUGUUGUGGUGAGUUCAACGUAACAUUAGAUAUAUUAUAUUUUCCCAAGGUACAUAAUAUAGUAUUAGAUUGAAUUAAUAAUUCAUACGGAACGUUGCCAUUAUUAAACUGCAAAAUUUUUGUGUACGUGCUUGUGCACCAUCUAAACGUAUAAUUUAUAAAUAAAUAUUUUAAUUAAUUUAGAUAUAAAAAAUAUUUCUUAUUAAUGUGUAUUUACAAUAAUUAAAUAUUUAGUUGUUAUUUUUUGUUAUGACAAUAUUAAGUAUAAAAGUAUAAAGUAUAUUAAGUAUAAAAAAAAUAUUUACGUGAUUUGAGCGUAUAUAAGAUUCAAUAUGAUUGAUUUCCUCAUUCCAUACAACACGGACUCGUCUGCCCGAUCCGUUAUUUAAGUAAAAUUUAAAAAAUUUGUAUUGCUGGUUUGAACCCACAUAACGUGGAGUCUCGAUCCUAUCUACGUAACCAAUGAUUUCGUUAUAUAAAGUUUAUUUUUAAAUUAUCAAUUUUAUAAACUUAAUUAUUUAAUACUUGGAAAUAUAAUAUAUUAUUUUUAAUUUAUUAAUUUUAUAGCUAGUUUUUUCCCUUUUUAAACCGUAUUUGAAUUCUAUUUUUAUUAUUUAAGGUAAUAGUUUUGGAACCAAAGGGUAUAGCGGAAUAAGAAAAGUGAUUUUGGGCCCCGCGCGUAAUCAAUCGUUAUAUAGAGCAAAAUAUCUACCUAGAUAAAAGAAAAUUUUGUGUCAAGUUUCAUUUUAAGACUCACAAUUUUGAAAUAUCGCAAGAAAUGUGAUUUUUCAUUAAUAUUUUUUUUCUCCGUUAAAUUUAAAUUAAUCUAUACAAAAAAAAUAAUAGUUAUAAAGGAUAUCCAUAUACAUAAACUCUAAUUUUUUUGUCAUUCUGUGCUAAAAAUUCUGUUUUUAAAAAAUCUAGAAUUUUUGAAAUCGCAUUGUCUUUUGAUAUAAAAUAAUGACUAUUUCUAAAAAAAUUCAGUGGAUGAGUCAUGUGACAUAUUAUAUUCAAGAUUUUUUUCAGAUUUUUGAAUUUAAUGAAACGUGUCAAAAAAAAAAAAAAAAAUAAAAACUGAUUUUUUAAAUUAUUUUUUUAUCUUAAGUACUGUAUAACAUUCUUAAACUCAUUUAUUCCUAUAUUAUUUUAUUUAUUAUCAAACUCAUUUAUUUUUAUAUUAUUUUAUUUAAAGGCGUUAGUAACAUGUUCCGCAUUUGAUUACUCGCGGCAUGUGAAGCCAUUUUGUAUUAACCAGCGCCUCUAGAUUCUAAGGGAAACGACGCUAUAUAGCAAGAGUAAAGUGAGCGCGCUCUCUCUCUCCAGCGCCAUCUUCCGUGUAAUGCACAUCGACAUUGUCGAGCCAACAAUCUUUUUGUAAGAAAAGUAAUGUUCAAAUAUAUGUUUUUUAAGCUAAUGAUUGCAGUAGCAUUACUCAUUUAUGUACAUUUUGGUCCUUCGAGCCGGAUCUUUCGGCAAAUUGCGAGGAUUGCGGGCUCGAGUACGACGUCGGUGUGCAACUAUGAGGUUAGAUGUACUUCGAUGCGACUAUUGCGACAACGAACUGUAAGUCUGUUCCGUACAAAGCGUAAAAAUUAUUCGUUUUUAGAAGUUGACUCACUGUACUUCUCAUUACUUAGAAGUCAAUUCACUGUACUUCUCGUUAUUUGAAAGUCAACUCACUGUAUUUUUUUACGAAAGCCAACUCGUGUGCUUCAGUUUGUGAGUGCAUAAUUAUUGUCACCUCACUUUCAAUCGAUAUACGCGAUCAUUGUUUACGAUGUCCUCGGAAGCGUUAAUAAAAAAGCGAGGCACCGUAAAGGCAAGGUUAACUACAUUUCAUACGUUUUGAAAAAGACUAAAACCGAUCCGUUUAAAGCUUGAGAGUUAUCAUUGAGGUUAGAACGCGCCAAAAAAAUAUUAUCCGAGUUUGAAGAGGUUCAGCAACAGAUCGAGAAAAUCACCGACGUUGAUAACGAUGAGCGUACAAAAUUCGAAGACAAUUUUUUUACGAUCAUUACGUUGGCAAGAGAAUUAGCGGCUAGAUUACGACCGAGUUCGUCACGAGGACCAUCUGUCGCACCGAUGACCACGACCGAUAUAGCGACACAUGCAAAUUCAUUACUUAAAUUGCCGAAUAUAAAACUUUUGAAAUUCAUUGGUGAGUACGACCAAUGGGUUACCUUUCGCGAAAGAUUUGAAGCCAUUAUUGAUGGCUAACACGAAUUUAACGAAAAUUCAGAAGUUUUAUUAUUUACAGUCGGCGGUGAAAGGUCGUGCAGCACAGUGUUUUUAGUCUCUAAGUUUAUCAAACAAAAAUUACGACGCGGCGUGGAGACUAUUAAAGACACGAUUUGAAAAUAAAAGACUUAUAGUGCAUCAUCAUAUACAAGCGUUACUUGAUUUAUCAAUAAUUUUGAAAGAGUUGUGUAUAAGUCUCAGAAAAUUAAUUGAUGAUGUAUAACAGCACUUAUGUGCUUUAACUAAACUCAAACAGCCUGUACAUACGUGGGACACGCUGUUAAUUCAUUUAAUUACGCCUAAACUAGAUCCCAAAUCCAAACGGGAAUGGGAAUUUAAGCGCGAAUUUUUGUCAUUACCGAUGACGAAAUUUCUUGAAUAAACAAUGUUCCAUUAUGGAAACAUUAUUAUCAUCUAACAAAGAGAAAGACACUGUGCUGCUCGACACAAAAUCGUAUAAAAAAUCCGUAGCUUUAACUGCACAAUCAACGAACAAGCAGUGUCCAUUACGCAAAAAUAUUGGUUGUAUGCAUGUCCAUUGUUUCAGAAAUUAUCGCCACAAGAGCGAGCAUGAGAAGCAAACGGCUAAAGGUCUGCUCAAAUUGUUUGUGGCUCCAUGCCGAUCGCAAAUGUUUGGUGGUUGUCAACGGUGCAAACGGAGACACAAUACUAUGUUACAUUUUGAUACUAAUGAUAGUUCACGCGUUAAGACGACUAACGUUGAAAAAUCGAAAUCUUUACAAGCCACGAAUGUUAAUGUUUCGUCAUAGGCAAGCAAUACAGUUACAAUGUCAUAUUGCGCUACCAAGGGUGGAAUACACGCAUUAUUAUCCACGGCAAUUGUUCUUAUACGCAACAGUAAGGGUGAGUACCAAGAGUGUCGAGCCUUACUUGAUUCGACGUCUCAAAGUCAUUUUAUGACAAAAGACUUACGAGGACGGUCCAAUAAAUACUUAGCCUCAUCGCCCGAUGGUGCCAGUAUCGCAAGAAAGAUUUACUAUCGUGUAGUACAUUCUCGUAGACGGCUACUGUCAAAAUUUUAGCCGAAUCGGACUCGUAGUUUUGUUUUGCUGCGUGUCCGCGGAUUUUAGAAAAAUGGAAAAAGAGCAAUAUCGGUCGGUGAUUCGAUUCUUGUUUUUGGAAGGGAAAUCGCGCAGCGAAAUCAAAGAAUUGAAUGUUGUGUACGGUGACUCUUCUCCUUCGAUGACGACCAUCAAAAAUUGGUUUAACGAGUUUCAACAUGGUCGCACGUCGGUUUUUGAUUAGUCAGGUGCCCCGAAAAUGGCUACCACGGAGGAUAACGUGACAAAAAUUCACGAUCUCGUAUUGGCAGACCGCCGAUUGAAGGUGCACGAGAUAGCUGAAACAGUAGGCAUCUCAAAAGAUCGCGCGGGUCAUAUCCUGCAUGAAAUUUUGGGCAUGAAAAAGUUAUUGGCGCGAUGGGUGCCGCGUUUGCUCACUCCGGACAACAAGCGCAACCGUGAGACCACUUCACAGCAGUGUUUGACGCUGUUUAAGCGCAAUCCGAAGGAGUUUCUGCGUCAUUUUGUGACCGUCGACGAAACAUGGAUCCACUGGUACACACCAGAGACCAAGGAACAGUCGAAACAGUGGACUUCACCCGGCAAACGUGCUCCAAAGAAGGCGAAGACUGUCGGCCGGAAAGGUGAUGGCCACCGUUUUCUGGGAUUUACAAGGUGUGAUCUACAUCGACUACCUGGAGAAGGGCAAAACGGUCACAGGGCUCUACUAUGCUGAAUUAUUGGGCCGAUUCGACGCCGAAUUACAGAAAAAAUGGCCCCAUUUGGUAAAGAAAAAAGUGCUCUUCCACCAUGACAACGCACCGGCUCACAUCUCCGCCGUCGCCACGGCCAAAUUGGUCGAAUUGCACUACGAACUGCUGCCCCAUCUACCGUAUUCUCCAGAUUUGGCCCCGUGCGACUUUUUUUUUGUUUCUAAACUUGAAAAAGUCACUUGCCGGACAGAAAUUUGAGUCGAAUGAGGAGGUCGUUGCCGCCACGGAGGCCUACUUUGCAGACCUUGAGAAAACGUAUUUUUCAGAUGGGUUAAAGAAGUUGGAGCAUUGCUGGUCAAGUGUAUCGAGCUAAAAGGAGACUAUGUUGAAAAAUAAAUCGCCACUUUUCCAAAAUUUUCGUUUUUCUUUUGUAGGCUAAGUACUUAUUGGACUGUCCUCGUAUGUCAACGGUUGCAAUUAAAGACAUAUAAAACAAAUCAUUUAAUUAACGGUCUUAGUCAGACAAAUGUUUCCGUAAACCAUAGGGCUAUUGCAAUGAUAAAAUCGAAAUAUAAUAAUUAUCAUACAGACAUGGUCUGUUUUAUAGUAGAGUCUAUUACUGGAAUGCUGCCACCAGACGAAAUUGAUGCACGGCAAAUUACAUUUCCUAAAAAUGUCUUUUUAGCAGACCCAAAAUACAAUAUUCCUGCGAGAAUUGAUUUAUUAAUUGGCGUUACAUUAUUCUAUAAAUUAUUACAGGAACAACGCGUAAGGCUAGGUAAUAAUCAACCGAUAUUACAGGAAACGAAAUUAGGUUGGAUUAUCGGUGGUCCAUUUGCUCCUUGUAAGUCCUCGACUCAAUGCAUUACGUUGCAGUGUCAUUUGUCUAUGAACUCACAAAUUCAAGAACAGCUCAAACGAUUCUGGAAGUUAGAAGAGAUCAAGCAUUCAAUUCCAUACACAAAGAAAGAACGACUUUGUGAGAAUCAUUUUGUCUCAACACAUCAAUGUGAUCAAGACGGUCGAUUCAUCGUGCAACUACCAUUAAAGGACAAGGUUUCUUCGCUUGGAGAAUCUCGGGAAAUUGCAAAGAAACAUCUGAGAUCAAUUGAAAGAAAGUUAGAGAAAAAUCCUGAGUUAAAGAAAGCAUAUAUUAAUUUCAUACAGGAAUACGAGAGACAAGGGACACAUGAGCGCGGUGGAGAAGUCCACAGGUGAUGAUAAAAAUGCGAACUACAUUCCACAUCAGUUGUUAAAGCAACGAGUACUACCACUAAAGUACGUGUGGUUUUUGAUGCGUCCUGCAAAACGUCGUCCGGCAAGUCGCUCAAUGACAUACUGUCAAUAGGACCCACGAUUCAAAAUUCAUUAUUUGAUAUCAUGUUACGAUUCCGGCAACAUAGUUAUGUUAUCACCGGCGAUAUACAUAAGAUGUAUCGACAGAUCUUAUUAAAUGUCGAUCAACGUGAUCUGCAGCAAAUUUUAUGGCGAACAAUUUCGGGACAAAUCCAAGCAUACCGCUUAAACACGGUCACAUAUGGCUUAGCCAGUGCAUCAUUUCUUGCAAUACGAUGUUUACAUCAACUAGCAA